UAAAGUAGAACAAUAAUGGUGGCUGUCACUGUCUGGUUCAUCAGAUCUAUAUAAUGUGCUUAGUUCUGAGGCUGAACAAGACUAAAACUUACAUUUUUUAGUGAGAGAAAGUUAAGAGAGGGAUAGAGGAAUGGAGAAAGCUAUCAACAGACAGAGGGUUCUGCUGGAACAUCUACGACCCUCUUCUUCUUCGCCUCAUCACACCCAUGAAUCUUCUCUUUCUGCUUCAAUUUGUCUAGCUGGGGAUAGCGCUGCAUAUCAUCGGACAGCUGCUUUUGGAGAUGAUGUUGUGAUUGUGGCAGCAUAUCGGACAGCCAUUUGCAAAUCCAAGCGUGGGGGCUUUAAGGAUACCCUUCCGGAUGAUUUACUUGCUUCUGUUCUGAAGGCAUUGCUAGAGAAAACAAAUCUGAACCCUAGCGAGGUGGGGGAUAUAGUUGUUGGUACAGUUUUGGCACCAGGAUCAAUAAGAGCAAUCGAAUGUAGGAUGGCAGCAUUCUACGCUGGUUUUCCUGAAACUGUGCCUAUUAGAACUGUCAAUAGACAAUGUUCAUCUGGCCUCCAGGCGGUUGCUGAUGUAGCUGCCUAUAUAAAAGCAGGAUUUUAUGAUAUAGGCAUUGGGGCUGGAGUAGAGUCCAUGACGGUUGAUCAGAUGGGCGGGGUUCGCCAAGUUAACGCAAGGGUGGACAUUUUCACGCAAGCCCGAGACUGUCUUCUUCCUAUGGGCAUUACUUCCGAAAAUGUUGCAGGACGAUAUGGUGUGACACGGCAAGAACAAGACCAGGCUGCCGUUAUAUCUCAUAAGCGUGCUGCUGCAGCAACUGCAUCGGGAAAAUUUAAAGAUGAAAUUGUCCCAGUCUCUACUAAGAUUGUGGAUUCCAAAACUGGAGAGGAGAAGCCUGUUACGAUAUCUGUGGAUGAUGGCAUUCGGCCAAACACAAACAUGGCAGAUUUGGCAAAGUUGAAAACAGCAUUCAAAAAGGAUGGAACCACAACUGCUGGGAAUGCUAGCCAGGUAAGUGAUGGUGCUGGAGCAGUCCUCCUCAUGAAGAGAAGCCUGGCUAUGCAGAAGGGACUUCCCAUUCUUGGUGUGUUCAGGAGUUUUGCUGCUGUUGGGGUGGAUCCUGCUAUUAUGGGCGUUGGCCCAGCUGCAGCAAUACCAGUGGCAGUGAAGUCUGCUGGUCUUGAGCUUGAUGAUAUUGACCUUUUCGAAAUAAAUGAGGCCUUUGCAUCCCAAUACGUAUAUUGCUGCAAGAAACUAGAGCUUGAUCCUGAAAAAGUCAAUGUCAAUGGAGGAGCAAUGGCUCUCGGUCAUCCUUUGGGUGCUACAGGUGCCCGAUGCGUUGCAACUUUGCUGCAUGAGAUGAAGCGCCGUGGCAAGGACUCUCGCUUUGGCGUGAUUUCCAUGUGUAUAGGCUCUGGCAUGGGGGCUGCAGCUGUAUUUGAAAGAGGGGACUGUGUUGAUGAGCUAUGCAAAGCUCGAGUGGUCAGAAAUAACAAUCUUCUAUCCAAGGACGCACAAUACACACAGUAACUAAUCGAUACCAAUUGAUUGAAUCCCUUGCGUACUGGGAAAUUAAUAAAACUGUCUAAAAGACGGUUCAAGUUUGAUAUGGUGACCUUACUGUGGGGUCUAUAGAAGUUCUUCUGCAAUUCAACUCUUGCUGCACUAUGCGAUAAUAUAGAUGUACACCUCCCCUUAAUUAUAGUAUGAAAUCAUCAGUCUAGCUACUUUAUUUAUUCUCACUCUUGACAAUUUAGGGUGCUUUUGGAAUUGGAUGAUUUCCUUGCUUGUGUAAGAUAUUUCCUUCUUGUUCGAACGUAAGGUUUGGAA